AUGCUUCAGCUGCAUUUGCACAUUGCUAGUGAGAGCUUCAUGUGCCAGUUCAGAAAGGAUCUCACACUUUCUCAUAUUGACGAUAUUCCAGUGCUUGUCAGCCUCACUAGAGGUUCUUAUGCCCACAUAGGCAUAAUAAAAGGCGUCCCCGUAAAGCUGCACACAGAGGAAAUCUACCAAUUACUCAAAUUGGACGGCCAACUCCCAAUUAGUGUACAACGUUUUAGCCGUAAACUAGACGACCAAACGAUUCCAACCGGAACAAUUAAAAUAUCUCUAGUCACGAAUGAUCUCCCUUAUCACCUGUGGCUUUAUCUGACGGCAUAUCGCGUGGAACCUUACGAGGAACGUCCCAGACUCUGCCAGCAAUGUGGGAAAUUGGGAGAAACCAAAACAUUUUAUAGAGGUGUCCCAAGAUGUAAGUGUUGUGGGGACCCACAACAUAACAAAGAAUGUGCAGCAGAGUCUACUCGCUGCAUAAAUUACAAUGGCAAUCAUUCAUUCUCCUCACCUCAAUGCACCAGAAUUCAACACGAAAAGGCCAUACUACGACAUCAACGUCAGUACAAUUGUUCGCGAAAGGACGCCCAGGCGGCCAUACCCCCAUCUGACAACACUCGUGGUUCUUAUAGCACAGUGACACAGUCUAUCCACCCCUAG